UGGAGCGGCCGCGGGUCCUGCGGUGCAAGUGCCGUCCUCAACCCGAGGGCCUUCCCCGGGGGCUGCUGGAGAUCCGGGAACUGCCCGCGGAGGUUCAUCCCGGGCUGCCUCAGGCCUUGGCAUCCGCCCAGGGCAGCGGUCGCCCCACGGUGCAGCGAGCGGAGGAUGCUCAGGCUGGUGCUGGUUUGUCACUCACGGUGAUGCUGGUUUAUUGCUCCUGCUAUAAGCUAUAGGCGCCCUUAAAGACAGGAGGCACAUGCGGCGGGAUGCUCUGCCUUCUGUCGCCGGUAAAGGUGUAUCGCAAAGAGCACGAAGUGCCCCGGCUGAAGGAAGGAGUGCUGAAGGGGUGUGCUCCGUGUUAAACAAGGUGAAGCAUUAGCAACAGGCCAGAGUACAAAACCAGGGCAAACAACUGAAGAUGUCAUCAUGUUUGGCUCAGGAGGUUCAACUUGCUAAAAGACAUGAGGAGAUACUGUCUCAGAGAUCAGAGCUGCUACAGCAGAUGGAGACUUAUCUAAGAGACAAAAAGACUAAAAAGACAUGGCAAACUCAAGCAGCUGAUGCAGCUCGUAAAAGGAAUGCAGCACUUUUAAAUGAUAUAGAAGCAGCAGAAAAAAGGCUGCAAGAAGGAAUGUAUUUACUUCCACGUCCCGAUACUGUUAAGUUAGAAACUCUCUAUUUGGCAUCAAUAAAAGAAUCUCUUCCCAAGUGGGAAGACUUUCUUUUAGGAAGAGCAGAAGUUCCUAUUGGCUUUAAGGAAACGAAAGCUACAAAGCAGAGCAUAAGCUACCCUGAAGAAGAUUCACAAAAAUAAACAUUUUAGUUUUGUUUUGUUUUGGAAUUUAUCACUUAAGCAGAGAUCAUCCAGGUCGGGCAACAGAAUAUCAUGCCAUUAAACUGAAAUGUACAUAAUUUAAAUGAAAAUUAAUUAUAUAGGACAAUUUCAUUCUAUUGUUGCGUUGCGUACAAUUCCUUAUUUUCAUUCUGUACUACAGAAGCAAUCCUCAAAUGAGUUUUUAGGAUCAAGAAUGAGAAACAUUGAUGUAUAGAUUUCCAGCAAGGCAAUUGGGUUUUCAGUGUGAGAAGAGUUUUAUGUUAUUUUUAAUCCUCUGCUUCUACAUAUAAGUGCGAUAAGUAAAGACAGAUUCUUGCAUUA